GAAGAUUGCAAACAAUCUCAAUGGCUUCAAGUCUCAAGUCUGUUGCCCUCAUCGCUGGAGCAGGUCCAGGAACAGGCGGCGCAAUCGCCCGUCGAUUUGGCCAAGCUUAUCCCGUCGUCCUCCUUGCUCGUUCACAGUCAUCGUUGGACCCUUUGGUCAACGACAUCACUCAAAAUGGAGGGUCUGCUAUCGGCAUCCCAACGGACGUUACCAGCACUGACAGUAUGAACGCGACACUCGACCAAAUCAAAGACAAAUUCGGACCGGAUCUAAGUGUAUCAGCUGCUAUCUACAACGUAGCUAGCAAGUUUGUCAAAAAGCCUUUCCUGGAGCAAGGCAUGGACGAGUUUCUAGGCAGUUUAGAGACUACUACUAAGGGUGCCUACAACUUUUCACAGGCAUCGCUGCCAUUGAUGCUGGGGGAGAAACCAGCGAGUCAGAAGUAUCCGCCUACACUCAUUUUCACUGGCGCAACUGCAUCUCUCAAAGGUGGAUCAGGUCUGUCCUCCUUCGCCAUGAGUAAAUUCGGAAUCCGCGCUCUGGCACAGUCUCUGGCGCGUGAAUUCGGCCCUAAGGGCGUCCAUGUUUCCCAUGCUAUCAUCGAUGGUAUCAUUGACACUGAGAAGACGAAGGCUUUUGGUCAGGGUGUCCCUGAUUCGAAGAUUAGUCCUGAACAGAUCGCAGAGGCAUACUGGUAUCUGCAUACACAGUCAAGGACAUCAUUUACCCAUGAGCUGGAUUUGAGGCCUUAUGUGGAGACUUGGUAAAUAGUAAACCCAUGUUUAUUAUAUUGAUCGCCUCAUCCUCUACCGCAGACUACCCUACAUCGGCGGCGGAUAUGCACCCCCUGCCCACUUAAACUUUGCCGUUCUGGCACUCCCGUAUCUCCACCGACGCAGUUCUCGUUCGCGGGCACGUAUACGUUGACUGCGUCGACGAUUUAGGCGGUUGCUUUUGCGUUUUUGGGCUGCGCUGGUGUUUGAGCCGAAGAGCGAUUUGAGCCAGGUGAGCAUCCUGGUGAUCAUGUGUUGUUGGGAUGAA